CCCCCCCCCCUCCCGCCCCUCGUCCUCCGGUUCGGGGUUUAACGUGUCACGGCUCCAAACAUCGGCCGCCGUCAGCACCUGGAUUUUAUUUAUAACCGAAGCAGAAAAAAUUGGAUGGGACGCACACACCACGGGCAAGACAAUCCCGGAAAUAACAUGCGUACUCUCAGCCUGUCACGUACGCUCGCCGAGGAUUUGCAUCGCUGCAGGCUGCCGUAGAUCUCCAACAUGUUUAUAAGACGGAUGCAAACAAGAGCGCUUUAAGAGAGUUUUUUUUUGUUGUUUUUUUAUAGUUAACAAGAGCAAUGGGUGAACUAAAAGCCGGACGGGGACAUGAAAGUUGCAGCUUCGACCGGGCUCUUGUGCAUCAGAGGCAGCAGCGGCGGCUCAGCUAGAAAAUGAGGCGAGGACGUGGAGUACGUGCGCACCCAGCAGAUGACGAGAUGAAAUGGAGAGUUUGGGACAGGCGGACCUUUUAAACCCAAGCUCUUCCCGCGGAUCCGUCGCUGUUUCACCCCAGCAGGAGAGAAGGACGAAGCAGCUCGCCUGUUUGCCGGCAGAGAUCCACCACAGCCAGCACCGGGCGGACAUGGGGCUCAACGGGUUGUGCGCUUCGCCGGUGGUGAGUCCGACGGCCGCGGAGUUACUCGCCGAUCUCGCCUCUCAGACCGACUCCCCCGGAAUCACGACCCCGACCAAGCUGUCCAAAACCGGCGUGCCGCUCUACAACGGCGGGGAGGUGUCUCCUUCCGCCACCGUGGAGGGGAACCACUCGGGCGUUUUGGCGCACACGCCCAAUGGUUACCCCGCACAAGUGAAAGGGGUGGCGGGGCAAACAGGUAGCCCCGGGUACCCCCUCACCAGCAGGGCAUGCUUGGUGGAGAAUGGAGACAGGACUGCUCAUGAGAAGUGCCCUUUAGUGGUGAGGAGGAUCAAUGGGGACUUGAAAGCUAGACAGGCUCAGCAGCAGCAGAAGAGGAGGGGAGGGGAGAACUGGGACUUUGGGGCAGAAGCCCUUAAUGGUCCUUUAACAGGGUCAUCGGGUGGAGGAAGCUCUGCUGACCCGCUGUUUGCUUCAGGGGAGAUUGACUUUAAACGGAGGAGGCUGGUGGAUGGAAGUGUUGCAAACAAAUCUUCAGAGAACUCCAGGGUGACCCGAGCGGUCGCCCCUCUCACGGUCAGUUCCCACAGCAGCCAACCCCUCGCUCCUCUGGCCCCACUGGCCCCUCACACUAACCAGCACAAUGGACACAAGGUGGCAGCUUCAGGCUUGCCGGCUGCACCCAGCCAGACCUCCAUCCUCGCCCCGCCGCCUCCUGCGGGGAGCGGCUGGUCGGCGGAACGCAUAGCCCAGCAGUACAUUGUCCCCUGCAUGAAGUACUACGGCAUCUGCGUGAAGGACAACUUCCUGGGCGCCCAGUUGGGCGACAGGGUGUUGGAGGAGGUGGAGGUUCUGAAUCGCAGUGGGAAGUUUCGGGGUGGGCAGCUGGUGAGCCAGAAGAGCAUUCCCUCCCGGAGCAUCCGGGGCGACCAGAUCGCCUGGGUGGAGGGGAAGGAGCCCGGGUGCGAGAACAUCGCGGCGCUGAUGGCUCACAUCGAUGAGGCCGUCAUGUACAGCGCUGCCAACGGACAGCUGGGGAACUGUGCCAUCAAUGGACGCACUAAGGCGAUGGUUGCUUGUUACCCAGGUAACGGCGCAGGCUACGUCCGCCAUGUUGACAAUCCCAACGGCGACGGACGCUGCAUCACAUGUAUCUACUAUCUUAACAAGAACUGGGACAUCGAGACACAAGGAGGGUUGCUGCAGAUCUACCCGGAAGGCAAAAAUGUGGUAGCCAACAUCGAACCUCUGUUUGACCGGCUGCUCAUCUUCUGGUCUGACCGCAGGAACCCACAUGAAGUGAAACCAGCCUACGCCACUCGCUAUGCCAUCACAGUCUGGUACUUUGAUGCCAAAGAGAGAGCAGAGGCUAAAGAGAAAUACAGAUUGGCAACGGGACAGAAAGGUGUUCAAGUGCCUGUCACUCAAAACAGCAGGACUUAAAUCUCAUCUAAUGGCUGGAGAGCACUCUCGAAGUAUUAUGUGCCUUCCUGAACUGCUAACGGACGUUGCGAUCACAAAGGGAGACACUGUUAAACUGUCAGCCGUCGCUGCAGCUCCACGCCGCUCUCCUGAGUGUCAGCUGUCAGAUUCACAUCGCAGGCCGUGAUGUAAUAUUUUCCUGUCGCCAGAUUGGGCUGCUGAUCAAGGACGUGGCAGAAAUACAGAGCACAGUGGACUGGCAAAGGUGAGAUGAGAAUUGCGAGUGGUGACAAAGGAAGAAAACAGCUUCGGCGUCUCACGGAAUCACCCAUGAAGAUAACUGAAAAGAAAACAGACUUCUAAAUGUGAUUUUCUUGCAGUUUUUUCCUGCUCGGUUAUCAGUGAUGUUGUUAUGUGUUGAGAAAUUUGUCUGGGCUCUGGUGUAACUUUUAAUUCAAACACGAGGAGCGUGAGUGAUGAAAAAGUGGGCAGACGUUGUGGAAAAAGGGGCACACGCAGUAGAAAUCAGUGCCCCUGAAAUUCCUCAAUUCCCUCUUGUCUGCGACGUGGCCCCCUUGUCUCAUGAUGUGGGCAGGUGUGUACGUGUGGUCAGUGUAAAGACAUGACAUAAAAAAAGGCAUCAUGUGAUUGUUGGCCGCGGUACAGCGGAAAGUUUCCCCGCAGCACACGUUCAAUCAGUCUCGGCUGAAGCGCUAAACGUAACAGCGAUCUGCUCACGAGUUAUAAUCGGUGCAUGAGGACAACUCAACACUGUAGUUUCACUCUGUAUAGCACAUAAAUCAAGGAUUUCAGGACUUUAUUUGGCUUAAAAAAAAAAAAAAAAUCCAGCAUGAUUGGUUCGUUAUUUUUUUCUUUUAGUAGUUGCAACGUGUGUGACAGAUUUUCAGAGCUGAUCCUAGAGUCACACAGAGCUUUUCUAUUGAUGUGCAGUGCUCUCUGUACGGCUGAAAUACACGGCUCACACUUGAGACAAGAGAUAAGCAGGGGUCACAAACAGUGUUAGAAGAAACAGUGUGGUUUGUGUGUUGGUGUGUGUGUGUGUUUAUUUGUGUGUGUGCUCAUAUGCCUGUGUGCAGAUCCAGCUUGACUCUUAUCUGUUCUUAACAGUGUGGAUGCCGUUGAACAAACUUGCCCAAAAGAGACUCACACAUACGAAAAGGAGAUAACAGCUAAUUUAAAGAAAGAAAAAGAAAAACGCAAGAAAAAUGACAAAAUUAUACUAAACGAUAACCUCAGUCAGACUGUACACUUAAAACCAUCUAAAGGAUAAAGCACAGAGUUAAGCAUUGGCUGUGACGUGAACUUCUGCGUGAAACUGUCGCCUGCUCACGCGUGGGAUCGAGUGUUUGUGCGCAAACGUGUACUUGCACAUGUAUGUGACGAAUUCCACUGUCUUGAAGAGGAUCGCGGGUAUUGUCUCAGUGUAUGUUAGGUUGGUUAAGAAGAAGGUUAUUUUAAAAAGCACUUUAUUUUUUUUAAAUGCCAUGCGUGAAUGAUAGAGAGAGAAGAAAAAAAAAACAACAACCUAUAACUAAAAAUGUAGAUUAAUGCCUUUUUAUGCUGUGGAUAAUAUGAUCAUUCAAAUGCAAUAGAAACUAAAACAAUGAGAACAAAUGGAAAUUGUUUGCCUAUUUUUUUUUUUUUUUUUUUAAGUAUUUAAUUAAAAAAAUGUCUGUUUUUGUACACAACAAAAUUGUAAUUGAUUUACUGGAAAGAAUCUUAACUGAGUUGCAGUUUAGUUUUUUUUGUGUGAGAUGAGACCAAGAGAGCAGAACCAGACACAUUUUUAAAGAAAGUUCCAACCAGUUUUAGUCUCCCUCUAUGUGGGGGGUGAAAAUACAACACAGUAAACAAAUUUUAAUGUGUGACACGCAGAAUUUUGUCUGCUUAUUUGGAUAUGAUUGAAAUUUGCAAUAAAAUGAAAGAGUUUGCAAUUAGAAAACAAAUCGGUGAACUAUGUCAGUUUCAAUCAUUUUCUUGUCUGUAACUAAAGCUGACAAAGAAAUUAAGUUUUUGAUUGUAGUUUUUAAAAUUAUAAAGGUUUUUUUAAAUGAAUAAAUCCUGUAUGUUGAAUUUGGUAUACCAGGAAAGUCAACCUGAGCACAUGGAGUGCAGUGAAUAAGAGUGAUCAUAUUUAUUGAUAACUUAUUAAUAAACCUACAGGAAGUGUUCUGGGAAACCGUCCAGGACAUUAAGUGGGAGAAAUGCUAAACAUCAUGAUAACCAAACACUGGUAUACAAGAUGCUCUCUUUAUGGCUUGAAAUGACAAACAUGAAUAAAGAUGAUGUGUUCUUCAA